AUGAGUCGGAACAAAGCAAUAAAACAAACAUUUUACGUCCUGAAGACGCCGUUCCAAACAUUAAUGCCAUCGAAAAUGUCGCACCUCAACUGGUGCCGUUUAUGUAUAAAUAGUUGUACAGAUUUCGUAGAACUCUACGAUGAAAAUGAUCAAUUUAAAAUGGAGGUUUAUCAAACAACUAUUAAGUAUUUCCACACCAUGUUCUUGGAACCCAUACAUGAAAGUCCCCUGAAGGUGAUGUGCUCGGAAUGUUGGCGACAAAUAAGCGAAUUUGAUAAUUUUCAAAAAUCCAUAUUAUUGGCCCAAUCCACACUACUAAAAGGUGAAACGGAAAAGGAAACCGAAGAUGAAGAGGUUUUGCCGUUGCCUGUAAAACAAGAUUUUGAAGAGGAGGAAAAAGAUGAGGAAGCAGCUGCAAAUUCAAUUAAAAACGAAGAUGGUGAUGACGCAGUCAUAAACCCCUUUGAGGCAUUACAAUGUGAUAAAGAAAAUAAUUACAAAAAUUCUGAUGAUAACGAUGAUGCCGUACAAAAUCAAAUUAAUGAAAAUAAUUUCAAACUCUAUGUUAAAUCCAUUGUCGACAUGAUAAAGGCCCAAAAUGGUGAAUUCAAUAUGGGCGUACAAAAAUCUGGUCUAAAUCCAGAGCUUAGUAUUACACCCAUUGACCUUACAGAAGAUGAAAUAAAUCAAGAGGAUGAUAGUUCACAUUCUGAUAUGGAUUAUGGUGGCGAUGAAGAUAUAUCAAUGGCAGCUGCCGAAAUGUUAUCGGUACAAUUGAAUACAAGUGGUGAUAAUAAUUUUAUGGGUGAAAAUACCAUGUUGGAACAUAUGCAUCAGUUCUUUAGUCGCCAAGCGCCACCUGUCCAACAGGAGAAUUCAAGAAAUCGUACACCCAGCGAAAUAUUGGAUCAAUAUAUAACCAAAUGGCGUUCAACGCUAAAUUGUCCUCUCUGCAAUGCUGUGGUGGCAAAUGUGGCCCAUUUGGGAGAACAUUUUAAGGAAGUACAUCCCCAGGAGAAAUCACACAUAGAAUGUUGUCAACGAAAAUUGUUUACACGUUCAUCGAUAGCCGAACAUGCACGAGUCCACCUGGAUCCCAACACAUUUAAAUGUGAAAUAUGUGGUCGGGUUUGUAAUACAUCCAAAGCCUUGUUAAAACAUAAAAUUUCCAAACACUCUGAGGGUAAUGAAAGUGGUGCUGAUGGUGGUGGAAAUGGCGGCGGUGUUGGUGUCAUGGACAGUCGUACCCCAGAUUCAUUGAACAAAUCAAAAAUAUCCAAAAAAUCUGCCAAAGAAUUAGAUGAAAUUAUUGCCCGCUGGAAACCAAAUUUAGAGUGUGUGGUCUGCUAUGGCCAAUAUCCCACCUACACGCUGCUACAACAGCAUUUUCACUUGGAACAUCCGCAGGCACCAUUCUACGUUGAAUGUUGUCAACUAAAGUUGGAACAACGUUGGCAUUUAGCCGAUCACAUGCAACUGCAUUUGGAUCCGAAUGCCUUUAAAUGUCAACUAUGCAAUCGUGCCUACAGCUCCAGCCGACAUCUAUAUCGUCACAUGUACUAUACACAUUCGAUGCGAGCCGGUGGCAAUAAUGUCAAAUCGCCUACUUGCCACAAAUGCCCCCUGUGUGAUAAGACCUUUAAGGCGCGUCGUUGUAUGCAGGAGCACAUGGCCACACACACCGGUCAGGAAUUGUAUCGUUGCCUCUACUGCAGUGAAACAUUUCGUUACAGUUCAUCGUUGUACACACACUUGAAGAGCAUACAUCCGCUUGAAUGGAAAGAUCGCAAAGACACAAGAAUGUUAUAUAAAUUAAUGAAAAUUGAAGAUUCAUAA